AAUUCAAAGCUUAAUUCAAACCACACAGAUCCUUCCUUCAACAAUAAUAAUAUCUUCUCCUGACUGAGACAGAGAGAGAAACACCAAAACUCAGAGAACACAAAAGCUAAUAAUAAUAAUACUAAUAUACUACACAUCGAUCAUUGAUUGUACAGCUAAAGGACACCGGCAUCAAAUCUCAACCCACUCCAGCUGUUUUCAGCUAAAAGUAUCAACCAACAAUGACGACUUCUGUUUGCCCUUUCUCCAAAGCUGCUCGUCCCGACAAUGCUUCUUCUGCUCCAAAACAAGCCGACACAACACCUUCUGCUUGUCCUUUCUCCAAAGCUGCUCGUUCCGACGACGCAAAACAAGGCGAGACGACUGCUUCUGCAGCUUGCCCUUUCUCUAAAUCCGCUGAUGCCUCUGCUCCAAGCAAAGGAUGUCCUGAAAAGGAAGGAAGAUUGAGUAAGGAGGACUCUGCAACGGUGCCUGCCAAGUGCCCCUUUGGUUAUGACUCCCAGACCUUCAAGCUUGGACCUUUUAGCUGUAUGCUAUGCCAAUCACUUCUCUUUGAUAGCACUAGAUGUGUGCCUUGCACUCAUGUCUUCUGCAAAGUGUGCUUAGCACGGUUUAAGGACUGCCCUCUAUGCGGUGCUGACAUCGAAAGUAUUGAAGCUGAUGAAAACCUUCAGAAGUUGGUUGAUCAGUUUAUUGAAGGCCAUGCUAGAAUCAAGAGAUCUCUUGUGAAUAGUGCAGAUAAAGAAGAUGAUAACAAGAAGGUGAUUUACGCUGAUGUUUCCAUGGAAAGAGGUUCUUUCUUGGUUCAACAAGCUAUGAGAGCAUUUCAAGCUCAGAAUUAUGAAAGUGCUAAAUCAAGGUUGGCAAUGUGUACCGAGGACAUUCGAGAUCAGCUAGAGAGGGAAGGUAAUACACCAGAGUUGUGUUCACAGCUUGGUGCAGUCCUUGGCAUGCUUGGUGACUGCAGCCGAGCAAUGGGAGACUCAAGUUCUGCAGUCAAUCAUUUCGAAGAGAGUAUUGAGUUCCUUAUGAAACUGCCCAUGCAUGAUUUGGAGAUUACACAUACACUUUCUGUCUCGCUCAAUAAAAUAGGAGACGUUAAAUAUAAUGAUGGAGAUCUACAAGCUGCAAGGUCGUAUUACAUCCGUGCUUUAAAUGUUAGACGUGAUGCAAUGAAGCUUCACCCAAAUGCUCCUUCACAAAUUCUGGAUGUGGCAGUUUCUUUAGCCAAAGUUGCAGAUAUAGACAGGAGUCUAACAAACGAAGAUGCAGCCAUAGAUGGUUUCAAGGAAGGCAUGAAACUGCUGGACUCUUUGAAACUGGACUCUGAAGAUUCUGCUGCUCUCGAACAACGUCGUCUCUCUGUGAUGGAGUUUCUGAAGAAGCAAGUAGAGAAGCCUGAACAGUCUGCAGAAACUGCACUAUAAUCUGAUGCAUGCUUACCUAAGUAUAUAUAUAAAGACUGUAUACCUAAUCACUCUGUUGCAUUUUGUCUGAAAUAAAGGAGCGAGAAUGCAACAAUCUUGUGUUCGCGCUUUAGGAUUAAACAAAAACAGAGUGCUCUGUUUCUCUAUGUGAACUUAUGAAUCAGCAGGCAUGAUGAGUUGUAUAAACUAUAGUACUCUACCAACUUAUUAAGAGUCUGUUUAACAUAAUCAUAACGAUUUAUUUCCGAUUUCA